UCCAACAUGGCAGACGGAGUGGAUCUUACGCGGUAACUAAAGCAACAUUUUAACUGAAACAGAAAUUGAAGACUACUCUGCAACAGGACAUUCGCAAUGAGGGAGAGACAGAAGAAGAAGAAGGGGAGGACGUGGGCGGAAGCAGCGAAAACGGUUCUGGAGAAGUACCCUAAUACACCUAUGAGCCAUAAAGAGAUCUUGCAAGUGAUCCAAAGAGAAAGACUUAAGGAAAUAAGAAGCGGAACGUCACCGCUGGCGUGUCUGAAUGCAAUGCUGCACACGAACUCUCGUGGUGAGGAGGGAAUCUUCUACAAAGUUCCGGGCAGAAUGGGAGUCUACACAUUAAAGAAGGACAUCUCAGAUGUGGUGAAGGAGCUGUCGGAAGAGGGCUCUGAGGAGAGCAGUGACAAUCUUUCUGACUCUCGAAGCUCAGAAAACAACAGUAGUGCUAUCAGUCAAGAGGGCAGGAGAGGAAGGUGGAUGCGAAGAGUUCCCUCCAAGCUGCAGUCACAGCCGUCGUCUCCACAGCCUCGAUGCUCGUCGCCGUCUGUCCCCACCAGUAAGCUCAUCUCUCCCUCGCAGAAACACAGCAAGAAAGCUUUGAAACAGGCCCUAAAGCAGCAGCAGCAGAGAAACCAGCGUAGACAGGGGGGAAUGCCAACCUCCUCCAGUCCAAGACUGCUUCUGAAAACCCUUAAAGACAUGGCAGAUAACAUUACAACAAAAACUGAUUUAUGCCACCCAGUCGUACCCAGAAAGGUUCCCCAAAGGUCCAGUCGCCUCAGUGCAGGGCAGAUAAAACGUGCCAAGUAUAAAAUAGACGUGGAGACGCCAGACUCUAUUUUGGUUAACACCAACCUGCGAGCAAUCAUCAACAAGCACACUUUCUCUGUCUUGCCUCCAGACUGCCAGCAAAGGCUGGUCAAACUUCUGCCAGAAGUAGACCGCCAGGCUUGCAUGGACGGCCUUCUGAAGGUCACUAGCUCUGCCUUAAACAAUGAGUUUUUCACAUCAGCAGCUCAGUCUUGGAAAGACAGGCUGGCUGAGGGGGAAUUCACUCCUGAAUUGCAGCUCCGAAUGCGCCAAGAAAUUGAGAAGGAAAAGAAAGUUGAGCACUGGAAGGAAGCCUUCUUUGAAAACUAUUAUGGGGAGAAUUCGGGGCUCAGCUAUGAGGAAUCCAAAGAGCUGACAAAGGCUGAUUUGAAUCAGGAGUCUGCCAGGCCUCAGUCGCCCUCUCAUCAGACAGGACCUGUCGCUCAAGCACUAGAGGAAUCUAAGUGCACCAAGGACAGCAGCCUGACUGAUGCUCCUGCAAAAGACGUAAAGCCAGCGCAGACAUCGUCACAGGAGCCUCUGAAAGCACUGCCUGCUCAAAAAGAGCCUGUCUUUACUGCAGAACCCAUGAAGACGCGACGCUCACAGUAUGCUGAGGAUCGGAAGAUGAAUACAACUGCAAAUACUGGACUGGUGGCUGCAGUGAGAGCACCAGAGGUUGAGAAACGUGGUGAAUGGAGUGCAGCAUGUACAGUGCCAGAAAAGGAGCAAAAGGAAGACAUGAAGGAGGAGAAAACUGAACGCUCCCAGUUGUCUGUGGACAGCAGCCCUCCACCAAAGGCUAGUUCAGAGUUGAAAGAAGUUCAGUCGGUGUCUAUGGUUAAGCCUGCUGCAGAGAGCGAAGAGAUCAUCUCUGAGCCCAGUGGCUCCUCAGAGCCACUGAAAAGGAAGUCUCUCAGUGAGAUAGAGGGGGAAUUAACACCAGAGAAAAGACCCCGCAUGUCGUCAGUUUCUUCAGUGUCUUCAUUCUCAUCUGCGUCUCCCUCAGCAUCAUCCAUAUCCAGCCCUGCUACACCAACUUCAACAACAAGUCAGAGGGUUCCACCACUAAAGAUCCCAGUAUCACGGAUUCUUCCCUUGCCUGUGUCACCUAGCCAGAUCUCACCGAGGACUCCCCUUCCAAGCCCACUUAGUAGCCCAUGCCGUACUGGUGCUCGCACUUUGGCAGAUAUCAAAGCCAAAGCUCAGCUUGCCCGAGCACAACGUGCAGCAGCAGCAGCAGCAUCAUCUGCUUCAAAGGGGGCAGUGCCAGGCCCAGGGCCAGGUGGAGGCAGUAGUGAGCAGACACACCACUUAUCUAGCCCGACAUCCCCACAGGGAUCUGCUAGGUUAGCAGCCACACAGUUUAGUAUAUCUUCUCCUUGCCAAGUGGACUCUUUUGGUCCAUGUAGCCCAAACCAGUCUCAGAAGUACUUAAGCAAAACUGAAGAAAAACAUACAAGUCUUUCUGCUGGUACAGUCAGUACAGGAAUCCAUAGCGUCCAAAAGAGUUCAAGUGUAUCAGCACAACCAUCAUUGGUGCAUGCUUCAAAGGAACAGGAAAUCCCAUUAACUGCUGGAUCAACAACCAGAAUCAGCUCCUGCAUCCCUGCAAACAACCCGCUGGUCACUCAGCUUCUGCAGGGCAAAGAAGUUCCACUGGAGCAGAUCCUCCCAAAACCACUAUCCAAGGUGGAAGUAAAGAUGUCAAACUUCUCCUCUGGUACUAUGGCAAAGGCGUCACAUUCUGCUGAGCACAGGGCUGAGAAGUUCAAUACAUCAGGCCGAGCUGGUGUUUUCUCAGAAAACACAAAACAUCACAGGGAACUUCCUGACAAGGAGACUCAGGAGCAGAUCCUACAGGCUCUAAUGCAGAGGAAAGUCCAACAAAGUCAGCCUUAUGGAGGGGGUGUAGGGCCUCAGUCACCUCAGUACAAAGUUCAGCAACUGAUGCACGCAGAAGAGCGACAGGAUCGAUCCAGGAUUUCUGUUGGUUUUUUGGGUCGAAGGAGGAUGCCAAGGCCUGCCAUGACAGGACAUUACCUGCUCAAUGUCUCCACGUAUGGCAGAGGAUCAGAGAGCAGGAGACUUCACCUGUCUGCCAUUCCAAACACAACUGUAACCAGCACAAAAAGGGAAACCACAGAAGCAGAGGACCAACCAGCCAGGAAGGUUUUUCUGUUUCCUUCUGGGGUCAAAACAGAGCAGCAAAGAUGCUCAGUAGGCAAGUCUAAUGAACCAGCGGGCUUUCAGCAUCACUAUAACAUAAAGACUGAGCCUGGAUCAGAGUAUUUUGAAGCUGGUGGUGAUAACAACAACACCAGCGCAACCACCAAAGACACCAGCCCCUUUUCUCAAUCACACCGAAGGCACCUCGAACUCUGCAAUAGUAAUCAAGGAAACUCCGAGCCAUAUCUUACCCACGUGGAUCCCAGUCACCAGCGGCCGACUGCCUUUCAAUCCCAGAGAACACUCGAUAAUCAGGAACCCCCGGUAGCGUCACGCUACGGUGGCACUAUCAGCAUGUCCGUACCUCACACUUUGAACCGCAGCACUGCAGGCACCGGCUCUUCCACAUCCUCAUCAGAAGCUGAUGGUGGUGGCAUCCACGGGAGCGUUAUGUCCUUCUCAGUGACUGUUACCACCAUACCUGCUGGUCACUCAUUAGACCACGGUCACCAGGGCGAGCCCUCACCUGAACAGUCAUUCAUUGAGGGCUCCAACAUGGAGGACGUCCAGUCUAAAUGCUACUGCCGACUGAAGGCAAUGAUCAUGUGCAAGGGGUGUGGAGCUUUUUGCCAUGAUGACUGCAUAGGCCCCUCAAAACUAUGUGUCUCGUGUUUAGUGGUACGAUGAUAUUAAAUUAACAGUAACAAAAAAUUGGUUAGAGUUGUAUUGUCACAGCACAAAGCAGAAGCAAGUGUUUUAGAAUCAGUGCAUAAUAGGCUGAAACAUGUUAAGUCACACUCUGGAGAAAACGGCUCUAGGAUCGGUUCGUUGUGGGAAAGGCAAGGAUUUACACUGGAUGGUCUUGUUUUUCCACUAACAUCUAAGAAAAGUCGUUUUGUGCAAUUGUGUCAUAGAAAUGCCAAUCCAUUUUCAAUCAAAUGUUGUCAGAUAUGUGAGAAAUGAAAACUGGCAGUGUUUGCACUUGGCUAGAUUAGUGUGAUAUAUUUUUUUAAAUAUAUAUAUGCGUCUAGUUUUUUGGUUUUU